AUGGGAAAUUCACGUUGUACAGAAACAGAGGUUAUCGAGUCCUUGGGAAUUAUUAUCUAUAAAGCACUGGACUAUGGAUUGAAGGAGAAUGAGGAACGGGAGCUAAGCCCUCCCCUGGAGCAGCUCAUCGACCGGAUGGCCAACACGGUGGAGGCCGAUGGCAGCAAGGACGAGGGCUACGAGGCUGCAGACGAGGGCCUAGAGGAGGAGGAAGAUGAGAAGAGGGCCGUCUCCGCCGUACGCUCCUACCGAGACGUCAUGAAGCUGUGUGCUGCUCAUCUCCCAGCCGAGUCAGAGGCACCAAAUCAUUAUCAGGCAGUGUGUCGCGCACUGUUCGCAGAAACCAUGGAGCUCCACACGUUCCUGACUAAAAUCAAGAGUGCAAAGGAGAAUCUUAAGAAGAUUCAAGAAAUGGAGAAGAGUGACGACUCCAGCACAGACCUAGAUGAGCUGAAAAACGCUGACUGGGCCCGAUUCUGGGUCCAGGUGAUGAGGGAUUUGCGAAAUGGGGUAAAACUUAAGAAAGUCCAGGAGCGGCAGUACAACCCACUGCCCAUCGAGUACCAGCUGACCCCCUAUGAGAUGCUGAUGGAUGACAUCCGGUGCAGAAGGUACACCCUGCGGAAAGUGAUGGUGAAUGGCGACAUUCCUCCUCGGUUAAAGAAGAGCGCUCACGAGAUCAUCCUGGACUUCAUCAGGUCAAGACCUCCUUUAAACCCCGCUUCAGCCAGAAAACUGAAACCAACCCCACCACGGCCUCGGAGCCUGCAUGAAAGAAUAUUAGAAGAAAUUAAAGCAGAAAGAAAGCUACGGCCCGUGUCCCCGGAAGAGAUUAGACGGAGCCGAUUGGCCCAGCAGCCACUGUCUAACCAGGAGGAGACUCUGCCCAGGUCGUCCAGUGGCAGCAGCGCGUCGCCCUCCUUCCUCGAGGACCCAGCGCUGGAGGCCACGUGCGUGAGGAAGAAGCCCCCAGAGUUCCUGCCCAUGUCGUCCACCCCGCAGCCUGAGCGUCGGCAGCCGCCCCAGCGCCGGCACUCCAUCGAGAAGGAGACGCCCACCAACGUGAGGCAGUUCCUGCCCCCGACCCGGCAGAGCUCCCGCUCCCUGGAGGAGUUCUGCUUCCCCGUGGAAUGCCUCGCCCUGACGGUGGAGGAGGUGAUGCACAUCCGCCAGGUGCUGGUGAAGGCAGAGCUGGAGAAGUACCAGCAGUACAAGGACAUCUACACCGCCCUGAAGAAAGGAAAGCUCUGCUUCUGUUGCCGAACCCGGAGGUUUUCCUUCUUCACCUGGUCUUACACCUGCCAGUUCUGUAAGAGACCCGUGUGCUCACAGUGCUGCAAAAAGAUGCGGCUGCCCUCCAAGCCAUACUCCACUCUACCCAUCUUCUCUCUGGGACCUUCCACCUUACAAAGAGGGGACAGUACUACCAGGUCAGAAAAGCCCCCGGCAAGCCACCAGCGGCCACUGCGCAGCAUCGCCAGGUUCUCCUCAAAGUCUAAGUCUGUGGACAGGUCGGAUGAAGAGCCGCACUUUCCCAAGGAGCUCAUGGAGGACUGGAGCACCAUGGAGGUGUGCGUGGACUGCAAGAAGUUCAUCUCGGAAAUCAUCAGCUCCAGCCGGCGCAGCCUGGUGCUGGCCAACAAAAGAGCCCGGUUAAAAAGGAAAACACAGUCCUUCUAUGUGUCCUCUCCUGGCCCCUCGGAGUACUGUCCUUCAGAGAGGACUAUCAGUGAGAUCUGAGCCGUGCCUUCCACUGGCUUCUGUGUGCAGAGUUGGGGCAGCCAUGUCUGAGGAUGCUGACCGGGCCGUUCCUUUCCGUGGUUUGACUAAACAGGCUUAAGUUUGCAGUGGACCAGACUCCUGCUGUAUCACCUUGUCCCACAGGCUCUACGCUGAGUUCCCUCGACUGGUAAUAGGAACAGGCCAGCCACCUGUUCGUUGGCCCUGAGAGGACAGUACUCUGGAACUUGCUUUGUGUGUGUGGAUGUGGAGGCCGGAACCUUGCUGAGUCCAGUUCCUUGCCACCCCUCCAGUGAUCCUGGCUGAGGCAGAAGCUGCUCCCGCACGUAGUCAGACAGAGAUGUCGAUGGCAGCAGGGCUGUGCGCAGGAAGGCACGUUGGCAGUUCCACCUGACAGUGUGCCUGUCCAGGGUGCCUGGUGAUGGCGGGCCAGGCUGUCCAUCGUCUCAGCACAACACCUGGAGGGACUUGCUGAUGCCGUCCAGCUGACUGAAAUCGUCAUUGUUCCAAGGUUCAAGUUUGUGCUGGCACUGUAGUGCAGAGCAUCUGAGGGAGCGGGGCCUCGAGGUGGCCACGUUGUCCUGGCGCCUGCAUCAGUGUUGCUGAGCCUGUGACGGGCCUCCUUCCCCAUCACGAGUGUAUUUCAGUUACUGGGUGUCGUCAUGAGGAUCUGAGAAUGACAGUUCUGUGGGAGUUUCAGGACAGAGGAAGGCUAAACUGUUCUCAAGCAGCUGAGGGUAUUUGGUCAGCCCUGGAGUGGGCUGUGACCACAGAGGGUGCCGGGAGGAGGAGCUGGGGCUCAGCAUUUUCAGCUGCGUUUUUCAUGACUUUAUAGUGCAGCCAUCACGACUAAAUUAAGCUACAAUUUGGUACCUAAGGUCUCAAACUGAAAUUUAUUUUUAUAAAUGAAUUUUGAAAGAAAAAUGUCUAGCUCUUUUAAAAUUAUAUGAAAAUUAACCUGCUGACAGGCAAGAUUUUUGGAUGCUUUUUGCACUGAUUUCCUGGUAGAUAACUUGAGUGAAGGCUGGGUUUCGGAUGAAGGAGGCCUGGAGGGCGGUUUCCCAGUUCCAGGGGCCCUUCUGUGGGCCAGCCUUUAUUAUUUUGGUAUGCUUAGAAGUGACCAGCCAACCAAAUCAGCAUUAACGUUCAGAAAGUCACUUAAUGCACGGGCACAGUAAUUUCCUGAAAGCUGUAGUUCGUGUCUGUGGUCACACCCCAGCAGCCUAGGGAGCUGCGGGCAUGGCAGUCACAUUUCCAGCCACAUUUCCAUAUUAAGUUAACAGUAAUACCUCAGAACUGCUCUGGUAGUAGUUUUUAAAGGAUUGAAAUUUACAAUUUAGUAAAUGGCUUUAAAUUACUGAUACUUAUGAAAUAAACUUUAACAGUUGACUAAAUAAUACAUGUUAACAGUUGGUCUGUGCUGCUUGUGAAAGCGGGUCCCCAGAACACGCUGCUGGCUGCUUCAGCCAUGUUCAAGCCUUUUUUUAAAGAGCUUUAGAAAUCACACCAGGGAAGCUUGCUUAUGCAAUUUUCCAAGAGACUCUGAACUUCACAUUCCAGACAGUUAGGUGGGGCCACCUGCUUUGGUGGCCCUGGGUGUGAGCUUCUGAAGCAGCUACCAGGCAGGUCCUGAGGAGAGCAAGGGACGCAGAUGGAGUUCACACAGUGUGCACUCGCAUGCAGGGCGGUGACUAGUUCCACUGUGUGUGCAACACAAGAAAUAAAGCCCAGGACGAGGAUUUUACUCCUGUUCACAAAGCAGUGACCUGGUUAAACCCCUUGUCCCUUCACCUCCUCACAUGGGAUGACCGGGCAUCACGGUCACCCCUUAGCAGGCUGUGAGGGUGUAGAUUCUUCAGCAGCAGGGAUGGGUUUGGCCAAGUGCACAGAGGUCAGAUGGAUGGCGUGUGGUUGAAACCACCAAAACCAGUAGGCAUUGCCCGGGCUGCCAAGAAGGAUUCUGAAUUAGCCCUGGGAUGUGUGCUGCAGGCU